AUGCAUCUCUUCCGCCGAGGCACGUCCUCGCUCUUUAACUCCUCCAACGUCUCUCUCGCUUCCUCAAAGACCGACGCAACCACCGAUGCUGUCGGUGACAAUGCGCUCGCUAUCGAGGGAUUCCGAACAAUCUCGGAAUCCGACAAGUUGUUCUCCAAGGUCGACCCAGCUGUUGACGGCGAUGACUGUCUUCACGAUUGCGCAACAUGUACCAUCAAGUACCCCGCCAAAUUUGACGUCGACAUGGAGGACGAGCUGUAUGGUCAAGUGAAGGGGUGGGCAACACACAUGCUUGUUGCAACAGGCAAGUCGGAUUGGGUACGCGAUGUUGCAGACGAGACAGGCAGUGUCAUGGAAGCAAUUGAGAAGGGGGGAGUUGAGCCGAGCAAUGGGCGCCUCAAGCUUUCAGCUUCCAACAUGUCUGUCCCGGAUGAGUACCACAUGCACGAAUCAGGCAAACAACCCACAACCGUCCUCAUCCUGCCCAGCUUCACUAUCGUCGAUAAUGUCACGCCACAACUGGCCCCUGAUCUGAUCGAGCACUUUGUGAACAACUCCGCCACAACUACAACACCACUCACCGGGGUGGUCCCAACAGCGCCUGAAGAUCAAAAGGAGAGCUCCGAAGAACAGCCAUCAGAGCCCAUCCCCCACCCUUCCAACACCUCUAUCUCUUACCCCCUCCGCUCGCGCCCAUGCCCUCACGCCGCCGUCAUUCUACUAUGCUCGCAGCGCACCCGUGAUGCUCGCUGUGGACAAUCCGCGCCGCUGCUCCGCCGCGAAUUUGAGCGACACCUACGGCCAUUGGGGCUAUAUCGUGAUAUGGACGAUACACGCCCCGGUGGUGUGGGAAUCUACUUCAUUAGUCACGUUGGUGGACAUAAGUACUCUGCCAAUGUUAUUGUGUAUCGGCGCCGGGACUUUGAGUGGUAUAAAUCCGAGGAUGCGGAUGCUAAAACUGGUGAGCAGGAGGGUGCGGCACAAGGAAUUUGGCUGGCUCGUGUCAAGCCAGAAGAAUGUGAAAAUAUCAUCCGGUAUACUGUUUUGCAGGGUAAAGUGUUGAAACCCGCGCAGCAAUUGCGAGCUGGAUUUGACCGCGAGCGAGGAUUGACAAGUUGGUAA